GGCCGAAGCGCAGUCUAUAGACAUGAAGGCAAAAACGAUUCUCACCCUUGUGGGCGUGUGUUGUUUUACGUUCGCCCUCUGCAGCCCCGAGGGCGGGGUGUCCGAUGGGGUGGCAGAGGAACCAAUGGCGCUGGAGGCUGCCGGGGAGGGAAAGAGAGAGGUUCAGAGGCCGGAAGUGGUCCUUCAGCUGAAAUAUGACGGUGGGGCGUUGAAUAGAAUAUACCUCGCGCAGUUCAGACAGGGCCAGAGGGUGCCCUCAGUGCCGGCCCGGACCGAUCUCUGUGCGGACCUUUGUCACGCAGGUCUGGGCGGCACCGCAUGCGGCUCCAGCUGCCCCCAGCUGAUGCCAGUGGGGCUACAGAACGCGCUGUCAGACGGUAACAGCACCGAUGUCGUAUACGGCGAGCCCAGGGUCUACGUUUGUCCCACUCUUUGUGAGAACCAUCUCGGCGAGCCGCUGUGCAGCUGCGGUAGUAGAGGCGAGCGAGUAGCGCGGAAGGAGGUCGACUGGAAUGGAAUAUGCGACACUUUCUGUAUCAAAGAUAGAUACGUACUGGCGGGUUGUCCAGCAUGUCGGGAGAACUAUCAGUCUUCAUUAACACCGGAAAACGUCGUGGUAAGUCGACUGAACACCGCCGAAAGCUGGUCUUCCUGGUGCAACGUGCAAUGCCGCCAGGGGCAGGGUGGAGCCGCGUGCAACUGCGACCGCGCCCCGUUCCAAUAGCCCACAUCACACCAAUAGGUCAUGUAACACCAAUUGGGAUAUCACACCAAUAGGCCACGGAACGCCAGAAUAACAACGAUCACUUUUAUACACGGGUAAAUGCAUUAUUGGUUUAAAAGUAUAUUUUUUAUAUUUUAAAUAGCUUCUUAGAUUGUUUUUUUUUUCUUAUUUUUUUAAAUAUAUUCGACAUAUCAAAGUCUUAAAUCAUACUGUAUAUAAAUAAUAACUAAUGUUGUUUAAUAUAAUAAAGCGGACAGCUUGCUUAUUUAAUAAUU